AUGGCCUCGUUCAACCACGAACGCGUCGGGCACGCGUUGGACGAGCUGCUGCAGCGCAUCGUGCCGGAAGACCCCAACGACGACGAGGAAGCGGCCGAGGAACGCCUCCAGAAUGCGUACGACUAUUCGAUGCAGCAGCUGGUUGCGGCUGGUGAGCCCAAAGCCGUGCCAGACGUCAGCCACAUGGCUAGCCUGCUGGACAGCAAGAUUGCUGGACCAGCCCGGGACCCGCACAAGAGCGCGCGCUUGCACAACCUCCUUGGACGCCUCGAAGCCCAGCCCGUGUUGAACGAGAAGUGGCGCAUGCUGUACUUCCUCCACGAGCUCUCGGACCUGCCCUCUGCAGACCAGCACGCUGCCUCGCUCGACGCACGCAGCCGGUCGCGCGGCCCAACGACGCCCUCGAAGCACCCGUCGUCGUCUGCGCCAGCCUACGACAACCCAGCGUUCGGCGACGCCUUCGCAAAGCAGGGCCUGCCGCAGUACCCCGCUCACGAGCCCUCGCCCAAGGCGCCCCCACCCGAAGACAAGGCGGAGAGACGGAGGGAGCGACGCGUUCAGGAGAGCAGCAAAGAGAAAGAGAAAGAGAAAGAGAGAGAGAAGGACAAGGAGAAAGAGAAAGAGAAAGACAGAGACAAAGAGAAAGACAAAGACAAAGACAAAGACAAAGAGAAAGAGAAAGAGAAAGACAAAGAGCAAGCGCAAGAGCAAGAGCAAGCGCAGGAGGGGAUCCUCGUAGACAAGGCCGCCAUGGGCCCGUCAGAGACCGAGCUCCUCCGCGAUCUGCCCUUUACGCUCCAGGGUCUGUCUUCGUCGAAGCUCGUCUUCCCCUCCUCGACUGCACUCAAGCUCCCGGCCAAUCUGCCCGUGCCCAUCAUUGGGCUGCUGCACACGCUCGCCGAGCCAGCCAUCCUCUACAAAGGACUAGCAGAGUUUGUCGAGUCCAGCCAAGGAGAUUUGAUCGGGCAAAGCUUCCGCUCAGCGCUGGGCAAGGAGCUGCGCGCCUACCUCGGCCUGGUAGCGACACUGGAAGGCCAGAUCAGAAGGGCACUUACACAACUGGGCGAAGGCCCUGUGCACCAAGGAGUCAGCAAGGCCGGCGUUACCCUGAAGCGCUGUGUCAUAUGGACACGAGACGCCACCAUGGGUCUGCGGCUGAUGAGCCUUAUGGUGGAGCAGUCCAAGAAGGUAAAGGGCGGGCAGCUAAUCUCCUUGAUUCACGCCUUCUCGCUCAACCACGGCGAUCCCUAUGUCAUGUCGUUUGCCGAGCGCCUUCUCUCCGAUGUCACACGGCCCUUCUACGACAUGCUGCGACAGUGGGUGUACGACGGCGAGCUGUCAGAUCCCUUUGGCGAGUUCUUCGUGUCAGAACAGAGCGAGGACGAGAUCAUGGACGUCAAUGGCAACGAGGGCAAAGGCGGUGCGACCAGUGUCUGGGAGGAUAAGUACAAACUCAACGACAAGAUGGUGCCUACGAUCGUCGCAGACGAUUUCGCCAGGAGGGUUUUUCUAAUCGGAAAGACGCUCAACUUCAUACGCUACGGCUGCGGCGAUGCCAACUGGGUCGACACGUACUCGAAAGAAGCUUCAAAAGAGCUGCACUACGGUGACACGGCGAACCUCGAACGGUCGAUUGGGGACGCAUACAAGACCACCAUGGCGCGUCUCAUCGAGCUCAUGGGCAACAAGUUCAAGCUGUUCGAUCACCUGCAGGCGCUGAAGUCGUACAUGCUGCUUGGCGCCGGCGACUUCAUUGCUGUGCUGAUGGAAUCGUUGUCGUCGAAUCUCGACCGGCCUGCCAACACGCAAUAUCGGCAUACCCUCACAGCGCAACUCGAGCACGCUGUGCGCAACUCGAACGCGCAGUACGAUACCUCGGACGUGCUCCGGCGACUCGACUCGCGCAUGUUGGAGCUUUCGCACGGCGAGAUUGGUUGGGAUGUGUUCACGCUCGAGUACAAGAUCGAUGCGCCUGUCGACGUCAUCGUCACGCCCUACGGCUCGAAACAGUACCUCAAGGUGUUCAACUUCUUGUGGCGCGUCAAGCGAGUUGAAUUUGCUCUUGGCUCCACAUGGCGUCGUUGCAUGACCGGGGCUCGCGGCGUGCUUGGCACGGUCGACGACGAGUUCGGCAAAGACUGGAAAAAGGCACGAUGCGCCAUGGCUGAGAUGGUUCACUUUGUCAAUCAGCUGCAACACUACAUUCUCUUCGAAGUGAUUGAAUCGUCGUGGAUUGAACUGCAAAAGGCGCUGAAGAAGCCGGAGAGCACGUUGGACGACAUGAUUGAUGCGCACGCCAAGUACUUGAACAACAUUACACGAAAGGGGCUGUUGGGCAGUCAGAGUAUCGACUUUACGGGGCAGCUCCACGAAGUCCUCAAGACGAUGCUGGCGUACAAGGACGUGGUGGACAGCCUGUACUCGUUUUCGGUUGCCGAGUUCACGCGCCGACAGGAAGCUGCUGCCAAGAUCGAGACUCGCACAGCAGCCGGGCGAUGGGGUCUCUCCGAAAGGGACAGCUCGCGCACUUCGACGCCCGACCCGUUUGCAGCGUCACGCGCCGCUUCGGGUCAGGACGCAGGGUCGCCCUUUGCAGCGCCUCUGCUUACGAUUGGGAGUGGUGGGCCCGGGGCAGGCGAAGAGGACGUUCUAACCGCGCUGCGACAACGUCUGGGGCACUUGACUGUGGACUUUCAGGCUAGGAUCUGCCUGUUGCUGGGCGAUCUUGUGCACUCGCCAGACGGAGAGCUCAAGAUGCUGGCGGUGAACAUCAACUUCAACGACGUGUACAAGCCAGAGCGUAGACGGAGGAAGACGGAGAAGAAGCGCGAACGGGAGAAGGAGACGCACGGUGCCGCCAAAGCCAGUGUUGCGACUUAG